GAACGACCACGCAUGAAUUGCUCACUCAUGCGCCGGCCCGGGUAAAACUCAUAGCAACGAUGGCAUCCACAGUGAACCGCGCCGUCGACCCCUGGAACCAGGAGACAAAGGAAAAAUUUGAAGGCAAGGACCGAAGCGAGUACCUUGACCCGUGCCAGGAGGCGGCCGCGCGGAGUAUCCGGUGUCUGAAUCGCAACGGAGGCGACAGGACUCUAUGUUCAGACUAUUUCCAAGCGUACAGAGACUGUAAGAAAGCUUGGAUAGAGAAGAGAAAGAUGGAGAAGAAGAAGGCCGGCGGUUUCUUCUCAUAACCGACAGGGCAAUUGCACGACUUCAAUGCUGCACAUCGAAACCUCCAUCCAUGACAUCGUUCCGGACGGCACAUGAGACCGCGGCAAGCUCUCUUGUCUCGUCCUUUGGAAGCUCCAUGAUAGGAUUGGGGUUGUACAAUUCUCAUCUACU